UGUUGUUGUUGUGCUCCCUCCCUCUCUCUCUCCUCUCCCUCUCCCUCCUCUUUCUGAACUUUCGUCGCCGCGGCCGCUUGGCGGGCGAAGACUUUCCGCGCCGGGGACGCCCAGCUUCUCCCCUCCAGUCCGCCGUCCCCGGCCGCGAUGCCGUUCCCCCUGCGGACCCUGGAGCCUCUGAAGCUGUGCAGGUUGGAGGAAGGCGACGGCGCGGAGCGGGGCGGCCCGGCGCCGGGGGACCACGCCGGAGCGGCCGAAGGGGGCGGCGGGCGGCGGCGCGGCGCGGUGCCGCAGUUCGGGGCGCUGGAACAGGUCAGCUCGUACGCGCUGGUAUCGCUGCUCAUGCAGCUCUCCGACCUGUCCCGCUGCGCCGGAGACAUCUUCGGAGGGAUCCUGAGCGAGGCGGACACGCUGUGCCACCGCAACGCCCGGCUCCAGCGCCGCCUGGGAGCCCUCGAAGCUCUGCUCGCACGCCUCGACCACCGCAAAGUGAAGAUCCCUGUUUCCAACUUAGAUGAAGAGAGCAGAUGGACUGUCCAUUACACUGCUCCAUGGCACCAGCAGGAAAAUGUGUUCCUGCCUUCCUCAAGACCACCUUGUGUGGAGGACUUGCACCGGCAAGCAAAGCUGAACCUCAAGUCAGUACUGAGAGAGUGUGACAAGCUGCGGAGAGAUGGCUAUCGGAGCUCUCAGUAUUACUCUCAGGGUCCCACCUUCUCCUCGUCCUCCAGUGCAAUCUGUGGAAGUUACCAGGAUGAUUAUGAAGAAAUUGAACAAAAGUGUUCUGUCUCUUCCCCAGAAGAAGAAAAGCUUAUCACCAUCAAAAGGCCUAAAACCCCAGUUUCAAGUGAGUUAUCAGAUAUCAACACACAAACCAACUGGACUAAGUCGCUUCCACUGCCAACACCAGAAGAGAAGAUGCGACAGCAAGCACAGGCAGUCCAAACAGAUGUGGUUCCUAUUAAUGUGACUGGGGAGAAUUUCGACCGCCAAGCCAGCAUUCGGCGGUCUCUAAUUUACACAGACACGGUGGUAAGACGGCCGAAGAAAGUCAAAAGGAGAAAGACUAUAACAGGAAUCCCUGACAACAUACAAAAGGAGCUAGCAGUUGGCACUGGCCAAAGUGAUUUCCGAGGGCACUCGAUGUAUGUCCCAGAUCACAGUUCCACGCUAGGGCGACUAGACAGCUAUCGCUCUGCUAUGCAGCGGUCUGAAACCAAGGAUACCAGCUGCCAAACUGAAGAAGUUAAAGUUGUGCCUCCUUCAAUGAGAAGAAUACGAGCACAGAAAGGACAAGGCAUUGCAGCUCAGAUGUCUCAGUUCUCCAGCUCAUCUGGAAAUAUGUCUGUGAUGAGUGAUUCUGCUGCAGUUAUAUUUGCUUCUCGCCAGAAUAGUGACAUAGGUUUUCACAGCUUGCCUCGGGCUGGUGCAAGAGUGUCUCUGCAGUCCUUAGAACAGACCCAAAGCAUCUCCAGACAGACAGAAGACAUUGCUGGCGCUUUGCCCCACCAGAUAAGUAAACUGCAAAUGGAUGAUGAUGUUGUGCAUCUGAGAAAUAAUGCCACAACAGGAACUCUUUCAAGGCCAAAGUCUCAAGAGGUAAGAAGUUAUGACAGUGAAAAGUCUACUAGCCCAGCAUGUGUAGUCUCUCCUCAUGCCACCUACUCAACAAGCGUCAUACCCAAUGCAACACUGUCAUCCUCCUCAGAAGUUAUUGCUAUUCACACUGCCCAGAGCACUGGAUCACUGGAUAACAAAAUUAGCAGUUCUGCCAUGUACGCAAAGCCAAGAGACAAUCCUGUUGCCAACAGUGCAGUAAGUGGGAAAGAAGAUCACCAUUCUUCAAGUGGUAACUGGAGUGAGAGUAGCUCCACACGUCACUCACAGACUUCAGAUACUAUCCCAUCUAAUACUGUGAUGUUUCUUUCUCUUGGUGACUCUGCUGUCUCUCUCAACACUCCUGGAAAUGUAGAGGCUGGUUCUCAGAGUGUGAACUACAGCUGUAGAAGCAAUCUUGCUUUACCAAACCGGUCCCAGGACAGCGAUGGGAGGAGUGAAUCUAGCUACUCAGGGGAGCAAAUGCAAGGUGCAGUGAGCAGCACAGAGCACUGGCUAUACAAGUCUGCAGAAAAUAGUGAGACUGCAUCAUGCAAGGUAGCUUGUACUACACCAGGCUGUGCUACUCCUGGCAGCAACCUUAGCAGCAGCAGCCUGGAGAGGACAUCAGUCAAAGAAGAUUCCACUUCUCUGUAUUCUGUAGACCAUGAUGGUUAUUACAGCUCUAUGAGCAUAGACUCUGGACUGAAGUCAGACACGCCAUGCUAUAGUACUAAUGGUUUUGGGAACCCCAGAGACAGUGUGAUUAAUGUCUUUGAAGCAAAGGAGAAGAAACAUCAAGAUGACCAGCCAGGCCAAGGUGAAAAAUCCCUUGCAAGAAAUAUCUCUCUAAAAAAGGCAAAGAAGCCGCCUUUACCACCAUCUAGAACAGACUCACUCAGAAGGGUACCCAAGAAAAAAGCUCAGUCCAAUGGACAGGUACUUGAUGAAACCCUCAUUGCUACCCUCCAGCAUUCUCUUCAGUUGAAUCUCAAAUGCAAAAAUGGCAGCUCCCCUUCCCAGAGCCCCUGCAGUGACUAUGAAGAUCCCUGGGUGUUGCGCUCUCGCAGCCAAAGCUCAGUCAGUGCAAGCAGCAGCAUGAUGUCCACUACUGCCCCAAACCUGUACUCCAUUUGCACAGUCACUCCCUCUCAGAGUGAAACAAGCAGCAUUAAGUCAGAGUAUGCUGACCAGUGGGGUUACUACAGUGACUAUGCUGCAGUGGCAGAUGACCAGAUGAAGUCUCCAGUGACCCAUUCUGCCAGUACCUCUUCUGCUCUCAGUGAUUACAGUAUCAGUCACUUCAGUGAUGGCUCAAGGGCUUCUAUGCCACAAGUGCCCACUGGACUGGCCAAACCAAAGAGCACUUCUCCAGAGAAGUCCCACCGAGUCACAUCACCAUCCAGUGGGUACUCCAGCCAGUCCAAUACACCCACUGCACUUACUCCAGUGCCUGUGUUUCUAAAAUCUGCGUCAUCAGGAAAUGGGAAAUCCAAGCUGAAACCUAAAGUGCCUGAAAGGAAAUCUUCUCUUCUGUCUUCAGUCUCCGUUUCUUCAUCCUCCACUUCUCUUUCUUCAAAUACAUCUACUGAAGGGAGUGUGAGUGUGAAGAAAUUGGACCCCCCGAGCUCUCCUCCAGAUUCUGGUGCACCUCCUCCUCCACCUCCUCUUCCAGCACCUCCUCCACAUUGCCUUGAGCUCUCUCCUCCCUCUUCCCCUCCUCCUCCUCCAGCAGAAGCCAUGGAUCUAUCACCAUUGCCAGCUUCUCCCACGUUUCCCCCCCCUCCACCAGAAGCCGAUGUAAAUUCUUCCUUUGCUCACAGUGUCCAAUGGUUACCACAAGAAGCUUCCAUCAGUUCAUACUCUUCCCCUGUUCCUCCUCCUCCUAUUUUCCCUUUAGUUGUCCCACCACCAGCACCGCCUCUUGAUCCCAAACUGACAAAAGGUGCAAUGAUAUGCCCACAGCAUUCAUUUAAGAAACACGAUCAGGAAGAUUCUUGCUACAAUGCUGUGAAACAGCCAUUCAGCAAGCAAGAUGCAUCAAGACCUGUGAUGCCCUUAGUAACUACCAAAGCAUUGCAAAUGGUGCAGCUGAGGUCUAUCAAAAAAGCAACAGAAGGGGACCCAUCACCUGAAUCUGCUUCUGAAACCAUCUCUCAGGAAAAGGGUGUUGUAAAUUCAUCAUCACAGUCUUCCCCAAGGCCAUCUCUCUCGCUAAGACUCAGUAACAGCUUAAGUGAAGAGGAGAUGAAGAUUCAUGGCACUUCAUUUAAAAAUGCACCUCAAACACUGGCUCAGAGUUCUCCUCUGAUACUCUUUGACAACAUACCCAUGCUUGAGAGUGAUCAAAAAUCUGCGGUUACCAACAAGUCUUUGGAGCCUGAUUCCCUAGGGUCAGCUCCAGAAGCCACACCUAAGUCCCCAGUGCGGAGCGAAGACUUCCAUUCUGACAUGCCACCGCAGGGGUCACCAGGAUCUCCAGAGAAGACUCAGGUCGUUUUGCCAAACAAGAAACCACCUCCCAUUUCAAAGAAACCCAAACUGUUCCUUGUUGUACCACCUCCACAGUUAGAUCUCACAGUGGAGAAAAUAGCUGAAGUGAGUGAUACUGUCAGAUGCACAUCAAGCCCGACUAAGAAAGACGCUGUAGUUACACACUGCGAGGAGGCGAGAAAUUGCCUUACAGAUGGACUCAGCUCCAGCAAGAUGGACUCUGGCAGCCUGGUUCCUGAGGGAGGAGCUGCCGGAGUCACCUUCUCUGAAGCAGUGGGAGCUGGUGCCUUUGUGGUACAGCCCGCUGCAUCACCAGUUCAAGAGGAGCCCAGGCAAGAGGAGCAAUCGGCUUUUGAUGAAGGAAGCAGCUCAGGCAGCAGCCAAGACAGCGGCAGUAACACUGAAGGACACCUGUCUCAGGAGAACGAAAGUGCCGAGGUGUUUGAGUCAGAAACAGCAAAUAGUUCAUUCCUGCCAAGCAAUAAUUAUGGGGAAGAGACGGACGGAGUGGCAACACCAGCGAGACCGAGGACUACUGAGGAUCUUUUCGCAGCCAUUCACAGAUCCAAAAGGAAAGUCCUUGGCCGUAAAGAUUCUGAGGACGAUCGUACCCGCAACCAUUCUCCUUCACCCCCCGUAACACCCACUGGUGCUUCCCCAACCUUAUCUACCCUCAAACAGGCAGGAUCUAUUCAGAGAAGCGUUCGCAAGAGCAGCACCAGCAAUGACAACUUCAAAGCCCUGCUGCUGAAGAAGGGGAGUCGCUGUGACACCAGUUCCCGCAUGUCAGCAGCAGAGAUGUUGAAGCACACGGAUCCGCGGUUCCACCGAGCCAAGGUGGAUGCCUCUUCUGACCUCCCCGACAGCCCUGCCAGCUGCUCGCCCAGCAAGAGCAAACGGGCCCAAGAGGAGUGGGCCAAGAGUGAAGGCCUGAUGCCGAGGAGCAUGUCCCUCUCCAGCACCAGGUACGGCCGAUCACGAACACCACCCUCUGCUGCCAGCAGCAAGUACAAUGUUCGCAACCGCAUCCAGAGCAGCCCCAUGACUGUGAUUAGCGAAGGAGAUGGGGAAGCGGUGGAGCAGUCAGACAGCAGGGCCCAAAGGACUUUGGAUGAGCAGCAAGAGAGGCAGCUUGAUGUAUUUAACAGUGAUGAAAUAGACAUGAGUGACUUUUCGUAUUCUGAGGAGCCAGACUGCAAGGAGACCUUGGAUCCAGCGCAUCUGGACUUAAUGACUCAGCCGGGUACUUCAAGGAAGUACCUAAGUCCUUCAGCUGAAGAAAGUUAAGAGGCAGUGACAGAUGGCAUUGGAUAUUAAUCUAGAAAAUGACAAAGGACUAGAUUCCAGAAGAAAGCCCAGAUCAGGACAAGUUUACUUCGCUGAGCAUUUACUCCAUGAACUGCAUGCGUGUGUUUAAAUGCUGAAGCAAUGAUAGUUCUGCAUGGUUGGGUGGGGUGGGGAGGACUUGCUUUGAAUGAGCGGUCUGUGGCUUAAAGAAAUUAACAGCUGAAACUAUUGUGUGAAGCCUUAGAAGUCCUCUUGGGGGCGGGAGUAGGGGAGUUUUCUCAGAGCCUGUAGGGGUGUGAAGUUUUUCUUUUUCUUGAGACUGCAAUUGUGCAAGUAAAAUUUAAAAAUAAGCCUACUAAAGAGGAAGAGGAAGGCUUCUGUGGUACAAGCUGGACAUUUGCUUGAAAAGCAUUGUUAGUGCAGUGUAGUGCAUUUGUUAAGCAGAGAGGUAGGAUGAGGAUCCUGUGGAAGGUAGUAGGGUUGUUGCUGGGGCCACGUGGCUUCUUAUCCAGGUACGCCCCAGCAUUAGAUGAAGUGUGUCCUGCUAAUGCCAGUAGGUCACCAGGUUAUGAAUUGGUCCAGGGUACUUUGUUUUUUCCUGAGGGAAAAUGGAACACAAGUUGACAUAGACAAGGGAGCCAAGUUUUCUAACUCAGUACUGGCUGCUAUGCAGCCACACACAUACGCUUGGGGAAACACUCAUUUCCAAGUGAACUGCUUCCUUGGCCAGAGUAUUCCCUUAGAGAACUGGAACAACAGGAUAUGAGCAGAGGAUGUGAGCAGACAAGGGAAGUGGGAGAGGAAUUAAGCAGUAUACUGCCGGAGUUUGGAACGGUUAAGCUUCUGAAUUCUAAAAUAGAAUUUGAGAACUUGCACUACAGAUCUGUAGGUGAAGCCUAUCUUUCAAAAUUGAAACUUGGGAAUUACGUUUUGCCAGAAGUCUUUCUUCCAUUUGUCAAAAUGGAAGAGCUAUUACUUUUCAUCACUUGAAAUAUGGAUACUUGCUAACUUUUGGUUACCAAAGAAUAAGUUACAGUUACUUUCCUUUUUGAUUUGCCUGCAGUAUUUCCUUUCUUUUUUUAACUUUAAUAAUUUAGUGAAGUUCGUUUUUAUUGUAUAUUUUACAGAUAAUAAAAGCAUUUAACGGUUUUCCAAUUGUAAAGAAGACCAUUAAUUGAAACUAAAAUAUUGGCUGGAGUUUUUGGUUCUUAGUAGGAGUUAAGGUUUUAAUUUGUAAGAAGAAUUUUGCAUCAUUUGAUGGCGUGAGCAGUUUUGUAUUGUUUGUAAAUAUUGAAAGUUGUUAAAAUAUCUUUUGAUCUCCCUACUGUAGAAUUUAUACAUUUUUAGAUUGCUUUUAAAAAGAAAAAGCACUCUUUGUAGAUUAUUUAUUUUAGAGAAAUAUGCUUGUAAUCUCUUUCUUCAUUCCUUUACUUGUUAGUAAUGUAAAUUUCAGGGGCCUUUGUUUAACACUUCCCUUCUCAAGAGGGGAAUAGUGAUGAAAAUGCUGUGACUUUGCUUCAAUAAAGAAGGCGGCUGCCAGUUGCCAUAUUGUCUUUUGAGUUGAUUAAAAUCUCCUUCAAAAGAUGUGUCCAGAGGUGUAUGGCAACACAUUGAAUGCCACAGACCAUGCAUCCAACUACUAAUCUACAGUUUUCAUUGCAAAAGUUACUAAUUACACUUAGAAGCAUAACUAAAGCAUACUUACGUAUCCAUCCCAUUUUGGCAUCUCAAUGCUGAGACUAAAAAACCUGAAAUAAUAAGCUUUUUCCAGUAUCAUUUGUGAGAGUAUCUACUACUUCUUACUUGCAACCUGUCCCAGAAAACUAAAACUGUUGGAGAACCAGAUUAUAAGCAGAGUGAGAGAGAAGUGAAAAGUGAAUCUGGUGGCACAGCAAGGGUGGGACUAACUGGUGCACAGCAAACUUUCUACCAUUCGUACAUGCUAUUGGAACCAUUGGAUUUUUGGAGCUAAAUAAAAACCUAUCUGGGCAAAAUAGAGUAUUUCAGCUAUUAUUAAUAAUCUGAAUUAGAUACAACUGCUAGAUGUCUACUGACAUCCUUUAGUGUUUCUCUCAGAGCUGUGAUCACAUUAAACAGCACAGGAGAGUAUAUGGAGCACUUCUAACAGCAGGUACUUCCCUUCUCAAAGCUGUGUGUGCUUGUUGUCUUGUCUUCAUACCUCCAUCCCAGCAGGAAAGUACUCAGACUUUGCUUUGUUGUUUGCAAUUAGGGAAAUAGUCUAAGUGCAAACAUGAAGUAUUGGAGAAAGCUGUGAUUUCUGUUGUCUGCAACUUCUGCAAUGCUUUCAAAAAAAAAUUUUUUUGAAGUGCCCCUGGGAAGGAGCCUGGCCUAUUUGUUUGCCUGAUGCUGGCCAUUUGAUGCUGUCAUAAGUUCUUGUAGGUGAAAUGGGAAACUUUGGAAAGUCGUGGCUUACAUGUAGAUGCAGGUAGGUGGGAUUAAAGUGAAAGGUAGCAUGAGCUGAAUUUCUUCUCCUACUGCAGCUUGCCUCAGUGCUCAUGUAAAGCUCACAUUUGGUGUGUGUUUGAUCGGAGGCUCAGGCUCUGACUAGUGUGCAGAAGGCAGUGUUUAUGUAACCCUACUGAUGUUGCUACAGGACUAUAUUUAACACAGUAUAGGACGUAAAAUGUGUACGGUGCACUAAAAUAUAUUUACUAGUGCUUAUAAUUAUAUUCAUGUAGGCAACUGGUGUAACUUUUAUAUGCAGGUGUCACCACAUCAGCUAUCCUUUGCUGCCAGUUCAGAAUUGGCAGUUCAGAUUUUUUCAGCUCCUGUGUUUGCUGCUAAACUCAGCCCCAGAGCACAGCAGCUUUAGGCUGUGCUUACGGAACUGGCAGCAACUCUGGCAUGUAUAUAAUUAUGGUAAUGAAAAUGUAUUUUAUGUCAUACGUCCAACUUCAGAGUUAAUUUCUUCUAUUUUAGUCUUCGUGUAUAGGAAGGAUUUGCAAUUGUGGUGAUCCUGCUGGUCAACAAGUAUAGAUUAAGUUUGGGAAACCUCUGCUAAAGACAUCCAGAGCCCUUGGAGUGGAGAAAGAAUAAGGAAACUUCUGCCAUGCUAAAGAAGUCUGGUAUCAUCCUGAUGAAUGAUCAUACUAUUACCAGGCUUGUUCAUAGUUUACAGUUGGUUUACACUUUUCCUCUAAAAUAAGAAUUGUUGUUGAAGCUAGAUCUGAGAUUAAUAUGUUUUUCCUUUUAUUGUGAAUGGUUAUUUCACCAUUUUCCUAUAUCUUGCUUCCCUUGACUAUGUUCAAAGUUUAUUCUUACUCAUGUCAAAUGUAUGCAGCCCAAACUCCACUUAGUAUUUGAGCCCUUAAAUUAUUAAAAGGUAUUACAUCCAUAAGGCUGUGUGGUAUUUACAAGUUUUCACUGUAUAUACAGUGAAGAGAGGGGAAUUGAUUAAUUGAAAUGAAGGAUGGUUGCAUGAGGAGCAAUAGCUUGGUGAGAGGAGGCUUGGAAGGCUACUGGAAACCAGUGAAAAGAAUUCAGAAAGAGGUGGAUUUGAUGAAGAGGUGGUUUUGAGGAACUAGGAUGCUGGUUCAUGUGUAAGGCUGUUGGAAAGAAGGCAGAGAAUAAUGGUAGAAAAGGUGAAGUAGGGAGAUUUCUGAGAAGUGCAGUGAAUGCAAGGAGUGAUGGUGAGAUAUUAGGCAGACAGGCUAAUGCAGAUAUGAAGUUUCAGGUAGUGCAGAAGAGAUAAAAGGCCAAAUUAACAUUUGGAUAGUUGCAGUGAGGGGAAAGAAAAAAUGUAGCCUUAAGUCUUUAUUCACAAUACAAAGGGCAUGGAAGGCAAAGUCAGUCAAACAUGGAUAAGCGUUUCAGAAAAGGAAAAGGCAAAGUUGUAUGAGCUUAGAGAAGUAAGAGGCUAACGUGAGGAAACAUCAGACAAUACUGGGCAGGCAGCUGCAGGCUUGAGCUCAACAGUUGAGAGUGUACAAGAGGGAAAGAAAAUGGGAUCAGAGAGGCUAGUGCUCACAUUUUUGUCUACCAACAUGCCCAUGUUCAUGGUUCCCACAGACUGGCUGCGGUCUCCAGAAUCACUGCACUCCAGUACAGUUGUUAAACAUUAUCAGUCACUUCCUGGACUGAAGAGAGAUCAUUUGUGCACGGGAAUAAAUGCCUUCGUAGUAUUGCAAACUAAUAUAUCUUGUCAGGUAUUCUUCAGAUCCCACAGAGUUCUGGAAAAGCCAUUUUUAGCAGCAGUCACUGCUCCAACCAAACAUUUGCUACAGUGCAUUAAGUGGUUCAAAAUGAUGUAUUUGCCUGCUUCUAUAAGAGAAGAUUAAAAGGAUGGAUUUCUCCAACAAUA